AUGAAGUCUCGUGAAAGUGAUGGAACAGGAGCGAAUCCACAGGACUCGUUUAGACGCCGCAGCACGGGGAGCGGAGCCAGAGAACAGGUUGCUUUAUGCGUUUCCAUCUUGGAACGGUUUCUUCAGGCACUGGAUCCAUUUUAUGUAAUCCAGAACUUCAGAGGAGAACUUCAAAAAGGACUAUUUCAUCCUGAUGAUUCAGUUAAACUUCUUACUAUAUCUCAGGUUGGAAGAAUAGUUGAAAAUUCAGAUGCCAUUAGAGAAAUUCUCCAUAAUCCUGAAUUACUACGGCAAAUUAUUUAUUGCAUUGGUGGGGAGAAAAUAGCCGUAGCGAAAGAGGCUAUCAAAUCACUGUCGAGAAUUGCACAGACUCAAGAUGGGCUGGAGGCUUUAUUUGAAAGCAAUUUUUUGGUUGACUUGAAAAAUGUCAUGGCACCAAGCGAUGUUGUACGAUACAGAGUAUAUGAGUUAGUUGUUGAGAUUUCUUCCAUGUCUGCAAAUUCUUUGAAUUACUGUGCACACAGUGGAUUAAUAUCUGAGCUAAUCGGGGAAUUGACUGGAGAUGAUGUGCUGGUCAGAGCUACCUCUAUAGAGAUGGUGACCUCACUGGCAUACACGCAGCAUGGACGCCAAUAUCUUGCCCAACAAGGAAUCAUUGAUAAAAUUUCCAAUAUAAUCAUUGGUGCGGAUUCUGAUCCUUUCUCAUGCUUCUAUUUACCAGGAUUUGUAAAAUUUUUUGGAAAUCUGGCUAUUGUAGACAGCCCACAGCAGAUCUGUGAACGAUAUCCCAUCUUUAUGGAAAAAGUAUUUGGAAUGGCUGAUAGCCACGACCCGACCAUGAUUGGAGUGGCUGUGGACACGCUUGGAAUCCUGGGAUCAAAUGUGGAAGGAAAACAGGUUUUACAGAAAACUGGGAGUAGAUUUCAACAUCUGCUAAACAGAUUGGGGCACCAGGCAAAUAAUGCCCCGGCAGAUCUAAGACUGCGAUGUUUGGAUGCCAUAUCAUCUCUUCUUUAUUUGCCGCCGGACCAACAGACAGAAGACCUUCUAGGAAUGACUGAAUCUUGGUUUGCUGCCUUAUCUAGUCAGCCAAUGGAACUCUUCAGGAGUAUUAGUACUCAACCAUUCCCUGAUCUUCACUGUGGGGCUUUACGAGUCUUUACUGCUAUUGCCAACCAACCAUGGGCACAGAAACUGAUGCUUGACAGUCCAGGAUUUGUGGAAUAUAUUGUGGACAGAACUGUGGAACGUGACAAAGCUUCAAAGGAUGCCAAAUAUGAACUGGUUAAGGCCCUUACAAAUUCCAAAACAAUAGCUGAAAUGUUUGGAAACCAGUACUACUUAAGACUGAAGUCUUAUCUGCGGGAAGGUCCUUAUUAUGUUAAAGCUGUUUCUACUACUGCUGUGGAAGGAGCAGAAUAAUAUCAGAGUUAUUACAUUUUUCACUUUUAGAAUUCCAGUAUUACUGGGGACAGUGGUAGGUCCAAAAUGGCUCCAGUUUAGGUGUUCUACCCUCAUGAAAGAAACUUUAGAUAGCAUUUGACUCAGUUGCUUUAAUCUGAAAAUAAAUGAGAGUCAGGAGAGUAAUUCUCACAGCCACAGGGCAUGGCAUAUCUUACUUUAAAGUAUCAUGGUAUACAUAAAUUUGUUUCCUGUACAUUUUAUUAUAUUAUUUUGAAAAAACAUGGCCUAAUUGAGAUAAGAAUGUUGUCAACAGCUGAUACACAUUUUGUAUUGCAGAAAGUAUUGGUCUUUGUUUAAAAGUGAGCGUUUGAUGCUUGGUGAUCCCAUUGCGUUGUCUCACUGUGCCGCAAUUGGAGGGGGAAAAAGUAAUUUCAUAACUGCUACAGUAACUUUUUUUUCCUGACAUGCCAUCUGAAUGGAAAGUACUUUUGAAUUAACUGAUCACAGCUAUCGAUGAUCUAGUUUAUUACAAUUACACUAGCUACAUUCGAGGGCUUUUAUGCCUAUGGGAGAUAUAGUACAAAAGGAUUUUUUCUUUUUCAGUGAACAAACAGUUCUGAAUGUUGUUUACAUCUUAUGAUGGAAGUGAACACGAAAAAGAUUACAUUUUUAAAAAUGAUGUUUGCCAAAGUGAGUGACAAACUAAAUUGGAAGUGUUUUUGUUAGGGCUGCUUCUUUGUACUGCAAUUAAGAUGAUGCGUUUAAGGGCAUUGUAUGAACCACAGUCUAUGGGUCAAUCUAUUUGUUUGCUUAGGAAUCAGAUUUUAAAAUGAUAACUUAAAAUUUAAAAAGUGGCCUAUUUUGAUUGAAAUGACAUUAAAACCUAUUUAUAAUCUAUUUCAACUUCAGUAAUGUUAGUUGGAAUAAAAGUGAUAAGAGAAUAAAGCCUUUAAGGGCAUAACAUUAGUCAUGGAGAAAGUAACUAAAGGCUAUAACCUAUUAUAAUAUGUUAUACCACAUAGGUUUUACACAUUCUUCUGGAGUAUAGUUUAACUACUAUGGAGGACAGGAUUCCAGACUCGAUGGGCCAUUGCUGUCUUCAUUAUGUAAUGUUGUUUGGUCCACAAAUUAAGACUAUUAUAUUGUUCUUCCUUAGUUUAGACAAUGAAUUGCCUACUACUUUAGUUCCAAGGGUGAAAAAUAAAAUCAGUGGAAUACUUGAAAAAUGUAUUAAAUGAAAAGUAAGGUAACCACAGAAAGAAGUAAUACAGAUAUUAAGUUGGAGGUCUGUACAGAACUAGCUUUCUCAUUUUCCCCCCCCCCCCCCC